AAUGUCACCCUUGUCAUGCUAUAGUUGUAUAGUUCAUAAAAAAAAAAAUAUUAUUGUUUUUUCUCUAAAAUAUGGCAUCUAAUAAAGAAGUGGUGGUAGCAAUGGUACCCUUUGUAACACAAGGCCAUCUCAACCAACUCCUCCACCUCUCCCGCAUCAUCUCCGCCUACAACCUCCCUGUCCACUUCAUUUGCACCGCCACCCAUAUCCGCCAGGCCCGUUUACGUGUCCACGGCCCAAACUCACAAAAUGACAACAACAACAACAUUAUUUUCCAUGAACUCCCCGAUCUUGACUUUAUAUCCCCACCUCCUAACCCAAAUGGCCCAAAUGGAUUCCCUUCUCAUCUUAUCCCUUCUAUUAACUCGUCUCUUAAUCUCCGCGGGCCAGUGGCCGAUAUAAUUCGUUCUUUGUCGAAAACGUCUAGGAGAGUCGCGGUCGUACAUGACUCUGCCAUGUCUUACGUCGUGCAAGACGUGAAAAUGAUACCAAAUGCUGAGACGUACGUCUUUCGUGCACUUUCUGUUUUUUACUCUUUUUGUUUUAGUUUUGAAAGGCUAGGGAAAGAGAUUCCGUUUGAAAACGAAACGAUACGAAAGAUACCGACUUCGGCGGAAACAAUGAGUCGGGAAUUUUUGGAGUUUGUCAAGAUUCAAUAUUCGCAUCAAACGUUUCAUGUUGGAAAUAUAUAUGAUUCAUCUAGAGCUAUUGAAGGAAGGUUUCUUGAAAAGCUAGAAAAAGAUGAGAUAUAUGGUAAAAACCAUUGGGCCGUUGGACCGUUUAACGGUGUGAAGAAGCUAGAGACCGAUAUCUCGGCUAGUUCACAAAACCGUGACACAAGCUUGCAAUGGCUAGACAAGCAACCUUCAAAGUCGGUGAUUUAUGUUUCUUUUGGCACGACGACUACCUUCACGGAUGAACAAAUCAAAGAGCUCGCUAUCGGGCUAGAGAAAAGCGGGCAAAGAUUUUUGUGGGUGUUAAGGGAUGCCGAUAAAGGGGACGUGUUUAAGAAUGAAGAGGGUAAGGGGGUUGGGUUGCCAAAAGGAUUUGAAGAGAGGGUACAGGGGAGAGGGUUGGUGGUGAGAAAAUGGGCCCCCCAAGUAGAGAUUUUGGGUCAUUCGGCGACCGCUGGGUUUGUAAGUCAUUGUGGGUGGAACUCCUGCAUGGAAGCAUUGACUGCAGGAGUUCCAAUCGCCACGUGGCCUUUCCAUUCUGAUCAGCCACGCAACGCCUUUUUGUUGGUAGAUGUUUUAGGGGUCGCAUUGACUAUGAAGGAGUGGGCGAGUAGAAAUGAGGUUUUAACAUCGGCAAAGGUGGAGGAAGUUAUAAGAAAGUUAAUGGAUACGAAGGAAGGGACUAUGAUAAAGAAGAGAGCGGCGGAUUUGGGUGAUGAUUUGCGGAGGUCAAUGGAUGAAGAUGGUGUGACAAGCAAAGAAUUGGAUUCACUCAUUUCAUAUAUCCGUAGGUAGUGUAUGUAGUCGCAUACAUGUUUCUCACGGUAAUAAAGUUAUUGUAAUAAAAAUGUAA